CGCGGCCAUCGCACCGGUGCUUAUGUAUCAGGGCUCCAAAAGAAAAGGAAGAUGGAGUCGACUCUGUGACCUUCUCUCCCGGUAUUUCGGUUGACAUGCAUGUCUAUCGAUGGCACGGUUCCGUCCACAACAUGCACAGAAGAGAAUCUUCAGGUUCGCCGGGAAUGAUACCGACUACUACCCAGCUGGACCCGGAGGAGGGUGUAUCUAUUCCGGUCCAUUUGUCAACAUGACCGUCCGCCUAGGCCCUCUCUCUCCCCAAGCCAGACCCGCUCCGGCCGCCAACCCCCUCCCCAACGGCAUGGGCGACAACCCGCGCUGCGUCCGCCGCGACAUCACCAACUAUCUUUCCUCGCGCUUCACCCGCACCGAAGACAUGGUGACCCUGAUCGCCGACUCCUCCGACAUCCUCACCUUCCAAGACCGCAUGCAAGCCGUGACCGCGCGCCCCUGGGAGGUCGCGGACACUUACAAACCAGCCGAGCACGGCGGGAUGCCGCUGAUGGGCGUCCAUGCCGGCGGGCAUCAAACCAUUGGCGGUGACCCCGGAGGUGACUUCUUCACUAGUCCUAAUGAUCCGGCGUUUUUCAAUCACCACGCGGGGAUUGAUCGCACUUGGGCUAUCUGGCAGUGGCUGGACUUGGAGAAUCGGACGGAGCAGAUCGGCGGAGGCACUUCUAUGUUUGACCCCGUGAACAGUCCAAGGCAGAAGUUGGAUAAUUUGGUGGAUUUGGGGGUGGUGGGGGAUAGGGUGUGGAGGAUUAGGGAUUUGGUUAGUACUGUUGAUGGGCCGUUUUGUUAUACUUAUGAGUAGGUGGAAGAAGUGAGUGAUGAAAGAUCAUGAGAGAUGUUAUGCUCUUGUUCCUUCCUUCUUGGAAAGGCAGCAAUCUGCAUUCAGGUU